UUUAACAUUAGAAAUUUUUCAAAAAUAAAAAAUGGUUUUACCUAUUAAUGAUCAAAUAAAAUCAAUAAAAUCUUCAAAUGAGAAAUCAAAUAUUACAAAACGUAAAAAUAAAAUUGAUUAUGGUGAUGAUUUUAAGCCACCAGAUGGCGGAUGGGGUUGGUGUGUUUGUGUAGCAAGUGGUUUAACUAAUAUGUGCACUAUGCCAAUUGUACAACAAUUUGGUUUAUUAUUUCGUGAUUUUUUCCAAGAAAAUAAUAUUAAAAAUUCAGAAAUUACAACAAUUACAAAUACCUAUCAUGCAAUGGCAGCUUUAACAGAAUUUUUAAUUGCACCAUUCUUUAGAUGGUUUUCAUAUCGUCAAAUUGCUAUAGCCGGUGCAUUAUUAAUUACAUUAGGAACUUAUUUAACAAAUCAUGCAACGACAUUUUUAACAUUUUUAUUAAUUUAUUCAAUUAUUUUUGGUUUUGGUAGAGGAAUCAAUACAGCAGCAAAACAUAUUGCAUUUAGUGUUUAUUUUAAAAAGAAUAGAAAACGUGGUAAUAGUAUAAUUGUUGUUAUCUCAGCUAUUGGACCACUUUUUAUGCCAUAUUUAGUAUUAUUUUUAUUAGAUAAUUUUGGUUUAAGUGGAACAAUUAUAAUAUUAGCAAUUUUUGCUAUGAGUUCAAUAGCAUUUUCAUGGAUAUAUAAACCAAUUAAAAUUCAAUCACAAGAUGAUAAAUCAACUACAAAUAAUUCUAAUAAUAAUAAUAAUAAUAAUACCACCCAAUUUGUUGAAUCAAAUUUUAAUAUUUUAACACCAUUUAUAUUAAGUGAUUUUGGAUAUUCUUAUUCAACAAUAGCAUUAAUAAUGUCAAUUUCAAGAAUACCAGAUAUUUUAAGUCGUUUCCUAUCACCAUUUAUUGUUGAACGAAUUAAUUGGGAUAAUCGUGUUUAUUUUUUGAUAUCAUUGGGUGCUAUGACUUCAGCUGAAAUUCUUAUAUCACAGAAUCCAUCAUAUGAAUUGAUGUUUGCUUGCUUUAUAUGGUUAGGAAUAUUUCGUGGAUUACGUAUGAUUUUCAAUUCAAUUAUUAUACCAGAUUAUGUUCCAUUAAAACAAUUACCUGGAGCAUGUGGUCUUCAUAAAAUUAUUUCUGGAAUGUUUAUGUUAGCAUGUGGACCAGUUAUAGGAAUGAUUCGUGAUGCCAGCAAUAAUUAUUCAACAGCAGUAUUAUUUUUAAAUUGUCUUUCAAUAAUAACAUUUAUCGCAUGGACAAUUGAUUUAAUUCUUCUAUACAAAACAAACAAGAAUGAGAAACAAAAUAGUAAAGAACAACAAGAACAAGAGGAAGCCGAAUGUGAUUCAGCUCAAAAUGUGAUUUAAAAAAUAAUCAUUAUAAUAUAGAAA